UGUUAAGCGUAACUUAGAGUGAGCAGUUGAUCGAAGUCGUUUAGUCGUGGCUCAUUACAGAAUUUUAAUUUUCCUUUUAAUAUGCUGGUUCUUUUCGUGCUCUUACUAACUAGCCUGCAAGUGCAGGGCUGUGUCAAAGAUGUGCCGGUGGUCAAAAUGCGUGGCACUUUGAUAACGAUGCGUAAGCACCAAAACUCAGCAAACUGCACCACAAAUUGUGGGCCCCUGGUUGGAAGAACCAAAACCGAGACUUACAUGGGCUUCACUGAGGUUUGCUGCGACGGCUUUCAGCGCGACGAAAACAACGAGUGUCAGCCACAGUGCAAAGAUUGCGGAGCCUCGGAAAAAUGCAUUUGGCCCAACGUGUGUAUUUGCAAACCGGGCUACGCGAAUUCCCGGGAUGGCAGUCGCUGUGCACCGCAGUGCAGCGAGUCCUGCGUAAACGGAACGUGUGUGGCCCCGGAUGAGUGUGAGUGCCUUCCUGGCCACCGAUUUGUCAAUGGCUCCCAAACUGCCUGUGAGCCAAUUUGUGCGGAGGACUGCGCCAAUGGGCGCUGUUCGGAGGACGGAAAAUGCCAAUGCAACAACGGCUAUCAGCGGGAUGAAAAGCUCAAGAAAUGUGUGCCCAUCUGCCAGGAUGCCUGCCUCCAUGGCGAGUGUGUGGCGCCCAGCGAGUGCCGCUGCCAUCCCGGACAUGAGCAGCGCCUGGGGGUGCCGUGGAUUUGCGAUCCGAUCUGCUCGAGCGGCUGCGCCAACGGCUUUUGCCAGGGAGCUGAGGUGUGCGCCUGCAAGGUGGGCUAUGCCCACAAGGAUAACACCACCGCCUCCGGCUGUGACCCUGUGUGUAAUCCGCCCUGCGCGAACGGCACUUGCAUCUCACCCGGCCACUGCGCCUGCCCCGAGGGUCACGUGUUCGCCGAGGGAUCGCGUCACGAGUGUGUUCCCAGCUGCCGUGCCGGCUGCUUGAAUGGCUACUGCCGUUCUCCCGAUCGCUGCGAGUGCCACGAGGGAUUCGAGAAGACAUCGCCGCACCGCUGUACGCCCACCUGCCAGCCGGGCUGUGGCCGGAACUCCCGAUGCGCCGCUCCAGACACCUGUGCCUGCGAUGUUGGGUACGUCUUCGUCAACGGCAGCACCACCGAGUGCGAGCCUUUCUGUCCCAAGAGCUGCCGGAACGGCAUCUGCAGCAGUCCGGGCGUCUGCACAUGCUUGGAAGGUUUUCAGGCCAUUCUGUCCUUCUACUGCAUACCCGUUUGCUCGAAGACCUGCUUCCAUGGCAGCUGUGUAGCGCCCAACGAGUGUCGCUGCUUCACCGGCUACCGACCAAGUCCCAGCCUGGGAGCGAGUGUCUGCGAGCCCAUCUGCAGCCAGGGAUGUGUGCACGGCGUUUGCGUCGCCCCAGGAACCUGUCAAUGCGACGUGGGCUUUGUCAAACGGUGGGCCACUGGGCCCUGUGAGCCGCACUGUCCACAGAAGUGCGUGAACAGCCACUGCUUGGGAUCGGGGGAGUGUCGCUGCUACGAGGGAUACAAGCUGAGACCGGGCUCCAGGUCCAUCUGUGAUCCGGUGUGCUCGCCAGGAUGCAUGAACGGCAGCUGCGUGGAGCCCAACAGCUGUGCCUGCUUCGCUGGCUAUGAAGACACCAAGGUGCCGCACGAGUGUGUGCCCAGCUGCCGUCCGAGGUGCGAGAAUGGGCGGUGCUCCUCGCCAGGACACUGUGAGUGCGAUCCCGGGCAUGUGGUCACCAACUCCAGUGAACCAAACUCAUGUCGCCCCCAGUGCAAGGAGCAGUGCAUCAAUGCCGAGUGCCUUGCGCCGGAGAAGUGCGUCUGCCUACCUGAUUACCGAUUUUUGCCCGGCAGCAGCACCGAGUGCGAACCGAUUUGCUCGAAAGGAUGCCCUUCCGGGGCGGAAUGUGUUGCGCCAAACACCUGCUCCGGCUUCGAAUCCCUAAUUAGUUCCACGUCUGGCAAACAUCAAGCUUUCCAUUGGACCAUGUUCAUCCUGGCGAUUUUGCUCUGCUUGGCUCUGGUCAUGGUUCCCCUGUUGCUGCUCAAGGAAAUACAGCGACGUCGUCGUGAGGGCUACAAGCAAAGGACCCGGCUCAUCGAGAAUCCUUCCUAUGGAGUUGUGCAGGCAGGCAGCGAGGAUGCGAACAGCGAGCUGGGCAUUGGACUGGGGGACUAACCAAACUCAUAUCAGAG